UAACAUGGAUUCCGAAUUUAUCAUUUCUUAUAUGUACUUUUCAUUUCGAUACUACUGGCCAAGUUGAAGCGAGCCAGCUUUCAGUUUUUCGUUACUUAAACCACACUUUUGCCAGCUUUCUGUGCCACGCUUAGCGUUGAGCAAAUCAAUCUUGCAGAUACAUCCAAAAAUGAAAACACACUAGUUUCCUUGGCAAAACGAUCUGCGUCUUCGAAAAUUGCGUUCUAAAUAUCCAACUCAUUGGCUUAAUGCGAAAACGCAGCUGAGUUUUGCCCCAAACCACAGUAGUUUAAUAUCUAUUUAAACUUAAACUUAAAAUAAUUUCGCAUUUCUUAUGGAGCCAAAGGACCAGAAAAAGUCCAUCCAUAGAGAUGCUGAAAUGCACUGCACCUGAGGCACUGUAAAGGGGUCAAACGCCUACAUAAAAUGAAGCUUGAUAUAUGUCUUCUUAAAUUCUCUAUCAAUCUAAUUUGUAUUUCUAAAUUUUCAUUAUAUACAUAUAUGUAUAUAUCUCAAGUUUCGGUGGGGACCUCGCGUAAUGCUAACUUUAACUUUCUCUCUAACUAUCUAACAACUAAAACAAUUCUCAAGCAACAACUUACACCCACAACUACAACAACUCCAACAAACAGCAACAACAACAGCAAGAAAAGCAAAAAAGCUUAAAAAAAAAAACAGAAAACAGAUGAAAAUAACUGCAAAGAAACAAAUCUCUUUUUUCGUAUUUGUAUGUUCUUGUUAAUUUUUCAAUACAAAGAAAUACUAUCAUCCAAAGAAAAUGUAUGCAAAUUCAUAGAUACGCGCCUGCGAAUCGAGCGUAAAGGCACGAAAAUUUACCCCCAACGUCCCACCUGUCCCCCAAACUGUUUUGCACCUCGCACCUAGAAUCGAAGCAUGCUUCAGCCAAAAUAAAAAAAACAAAAAAAAAAAAUGAAAAGAUACACAAAAAUAAACCGAAAACCAUCCCACAAAAGCAAAGCCUCUCCAUGUGUACGAGCUCGUACACAUGCCCAUCUAUUUUAAUAGCCGACUCAGGUUGAGUUUGUGUUCGAGCACCCGAGACGAACAAAUCGAACACACUUCAACCUGAAAUGGUACCCAGAUAUCAAUAUACGCCCAGCUUCCGCCAAAAUGCAAAAUGCAAAAACUGCAAGCUGCAACUAUCGCAAGCCGAAAAAAAAUGUACAAACAAACUAACAACGCACCUUAACCAAAUCAAAUACCGAAACCAGGGUACGUGUAGAACGAUCUAAACAAAAAAAUACAUCUAUCACCAAAUAAAAAUCAUGAGAGGGAGCGCAUCAAAAAAAAAGUAAAAACGAAACCAGCAUGCCCUGCGCCACACCUGGCUUGACUCGCGAUUGAAUUGAAUCAAAAAACAAGUACGAAAAAAUAUGAAACAGACACAAAACACUGUAAAUAUGGUUCAACAAGUCGUCGAUCAACAGCCAGAAGACGCAGCCCCCGAAGAAUCUACAAGACAACUGAGCCCCGGUAGAAAAAUGCAAGCGACUCUAAGAAAGUGCGCCCAAAAGUAUGACUAGAAAGUAUCUUACAGAUACAAGUAUCUGCGACUUGGAGCCCUUAAGUUUGGGUCAUUUAAAGGGGUGACCCAGACAUGAGGGCUGCCAAGUUGCCAAUCAAAAAAGAAUAUAUAUAUAUAUAUACAAAAAAAUCGCACCCGAUAAUAAACCUUGAGAGGUUAGGUAAGAUAUCAUUCGUAGUCUGCUUUCUUUUUUGUUCUAUUGGCUUUUUGCAGCGAUUGGUUACCUUGUUAUUCGCUGGUAAGUACUCUCGUUACUAGUUACUCGUUACUCGUUUCUGUUCCGCCUCUGUUCUAUCUACCUUCAUCGGCGAGUAUGCGAUUUCAAAGAACCCCUCUUUUGAAAAUACCCUUCACAAAAAACACCGCUCAAUUGAAAUCCGAACCCGUAACAUUUCCAAGGAUAAUGACAACUCGAGAGCUGCUGAAAACCAGGAACAAAACAGCUCUACCUACAAACAAAAAAAAAUCGAAUAAAAAACGCUGGAAAUUUUCGUGUCCUUUAUAACUGGCGACCCUGUUCGAUGAAUUUGCAUUUAAGGCACGCACAUGAACAUUUUCCUUGAAUGAUGGUCUCAACUGCAGGAAUAAAUGUGUACAUAAAUCGUUUGGCUUACAAAUGACUUUUUCCACUCAUUUCACAAAAACAACAAAACAACUACAACCAGAACAGCCUUAAACACGGACACUUACAUUCACACUCAUAUAGACACACACAGUAACACACACAUACACACACUUUGUCUCCUUCUCUGUCUCUCUAGAAUAUUGCUAACUCACUCACACACAAGACUUGCUUUAUUCGAAUUUUCCUUUGCCUGGCUAAAAUGGAGAUACGAAAAGAAAAUCACUUUCAUUUUUGAUUUCACUUACCCCAAAUACCCAGAAACACUGCAAUAUUCGCCCUUCAAACGACUCUAAAUGUUACUUAUAGUCUAUAUAGUCCCCCGAUAAGCCCCAUCCUUAAUCCACCCCCAAUCUCUAGCCCCCACCCCACCCCCUCGCUCACUUCUUAUAGACGUUGUGCAAAAAUGAACUGAAAAUUGAUUGCGAAAUUCUUGAUGGAAAUUAAAUUUCUUUUGUUUUUCUAUUUGUCUUUCCUUGUAUCCGACAUUAAAUCGAAACCGUAUACGAAAACCCACCCGCACCAAAUUACCAAAUAUACAAUGCUACAAUCUAUCCAACUAUAUAUAUAUAUAUCUGACAACUACCUCAACUACUACAACAAAAUAUAUCAUCCGAACUUCAUGCGGCAACCGACCACGACUCAAAAUUCUUGAACUGCAUCCGCAUAUCAACCUAUUCUAACAAUUCAAAAAACCCCCCCUCCAAAAAAAACCACCAAAUCGUAUGCCAAACCGUCCAUCACCCAUCGAAAACUAUCUAUUCAUCGACAAAAUUCCAAAAUCUGUACGAAUAUUCGAAAUGCAAUCUGUUCAAUCAAAAUCAAAUAUCAAAUAUCAACUAUCAAAAUCGUUAUCGUAUCGUAUCGCAAUCAAUAGAAUACGCCACGGUCGGCUACAUGGCAAAACGAAUUCAAAUGCGAAAACAAAGAUUUAUGGCGAUCCAAAAGAUAGCCGAACAGAAAAAGCAACAGCUCGAUGGAGCGAACCAGCAGCAGUCGAAUCCCAAUCCCAAUGCGAAUGUGGGUGGACCCGGUGGAGUGGGCGUUGGACCCGGCGGACCCGGAGGACCCGGUGGCGGGGUCAAUGUGGGCGUCGGUAUGGGCAUGGGACCGGAGCAUGGCCACGGGCAUGGACACCACGCCCACAGCCAUGGACAUCCGCAUGCGCCCAAGCAAACAUGGGACCCUUGUUCCAGGAGGUGAGAUUCAAGGUCCACGACCCGAAGGCCCACUCCAAGGGCGGAACGCUGGAGAAUACGGUGAAUGGCGGACGAGGCGGUCCGCAAUCGCAUGGACCGGGUCCGGGACAGGGCGGCGGACCGCCCGGCGGUGGCGGAGGCGGUGGAGGCGGGGGCGGACCGCCCGAGGGCGGUGGCGAUCCGGAGGCAGCGGUUCCAGCCCAUCUACUGCAUCCGGGAAAAGUAAAAAAGGUAAAGGACAUCAACAAGCUGCUGGGCAUCACGCCCUCCGACAUCGACAAGUACUCACGUAUCGUGUUCCCCGUGUGCUUCGUGUGCUUCAACCUGAUGUACUGGAUCAUCUACCUGCAUGUCAGCGACGUGGUCGCCGAUGAUCUGGUGCUCCUGGGCGAGGAGUAGGACGUCGUCCUCCAGCGGCGCAAGCGGACGAGGGCGUGGCCCAAGGACACAGGAGUGAACAGCGCACGAGAGAGUCAAACUUGGCAGGGCGCUGAAAAACCACACAAAAAAUGCAAAAAAAAUAAAAACGCAGAAACCAAAACCCGCAAAAAAAAUACACAAAAAUAGGCACAAAAAAAAAAGAAGCGGAAACAAAACUAAUUUUAACUAGCGAUAUGAAAAUGCAGAGGCAAGAGUUUAUUGUUUAAUACAAAUGCGAAAAGGACACACACACAUAUUAAAAGGUCGAAAGCAAAGAAUAUUGUUAAAUAGAUUUACACAGAAUAUAAAUGAAAUGAAGAGAUAAAACAACAUUAGAAUUAACAACCAAAUGAGUAUAAAUGAAUGAAGAAUAAUCAAAAGCAACAGAUUAGCAAAUUGUAGUGAAAAUUAUAUAACGAAGGGCAUAAGUGAAGCAGUUGAGGAGAAUUAUGAACCGACUAACAAAACCAUUUCAACCACAAAUAUAACGAUCAAAAAUCAUACGCAACAUAGGCAUUAACGAACGGAAACGAACGACGACUUUGAGAUACCCUCGAAAUAGCGCAGUCGAUAAGUUGAUUUCAACACACCAAAAUACUAGAAGUUAAAUAAUUUCCAUUAUCUUUGCGGCGUUUUGAGUUUAAGUUUAAGAUACGAAAGACCUUUGCUUCCCACUUCAAAAGCAAAACACCCGGAGAGUCUUCCUCUAAUUUAAGUGCGUUCCCCUUUUCAGCUGCACGCUCCCAGAAACCGAAAUCCAAACCAAAACCAAACCUAAACUUAACCGGUACUUAACCAGUACUUAACCAGUACUUAACCGGAACUCACAAUGCUGAUCCAUUGAUUGCCCAUUCAGUUGGUUGAUUUGUUUAUUCAGAACUGACUUAGCGCUUCCAAGUGAAAUGGCCAAAUUUAUUAGAAAUCAAAAUGUAGUAAAAAAGGAACAAUUUCGACAAUUGCAAAUCAGUUUGGCGAAUUAUUUCGUUAAGUUAACUUUAAAUGUAAAUCGAACACGAGGCAGUCACGUAAGAUCGAGGGAUUUUUUAAUCAUUUGCACAAGACACAAAACCAAACACUCACAUUCAUUCACACCAAACUCGACACGAAUGUUAUGAAUUAUGAAUUACUUUGGAGCGCACCUUUUAUAAGAAAGCAUCGGAGAUAAGUCAUACAAAUAGUUAGUGCAAUUGACAUAGCGAAAUAAUAGUAUGAACGAUAACGAUUCAUUUUAGUUACACCAAUUUUUAUAUCAACUUUAAACUAACAACAAAUUAUUCAAUAUGCACUCACUCACUCACGAACACGAGAAUCAAACUGAAACAAAAACAAAAGUAAAUACAAAAAUAAAAACUUUUCGAAAACAACUUUGCGGCACCGUAAGAAAUCAAUCUAAAGUCUAAGUGAAAUUUUCAAACGCAAGUAAGCCCAAUAAAUACCAGUUAAUUAAAAAACGAAUACAAAUAGAACAUAGAACAUAAAGAGUACACAAGUAUGAAUGAAACUGCCUAAGAAAAAUAGCAUAUAAGUAUAACAAAUAGUUGCUAAAAUAACAUACAAGAAAAACCAAGAAAAUUGAACGAAGACAAUUGAUUUUCAAUUUGUAAAUACAAACAGAACAGUCAGUCGGAACAUUCUCAAAGCAAAGUAGGAGCAAAACUUCGCAAUUAAACUUAGUUAAUGUAAUCGGAUCCGAUUAAGCGAUUAACUCGGAUGCGUUCAAGCAGUCAAUAAAGCGAUAAGCAAACAAAAGAUAAUUAUACCUACGAUGCACCGUCUUAAGUUAGCCUAAUGUCACACACAGAUACACACCAACACACUGACAGGCGACACUGACAAUGGGACACAGAUACUCGACGUAUAUAUCGACAUAUACAUACAUAUAUAUAUAUAUACAUAUAUAUAUAUAUAUUUGAAUUUUCGCUCAAGUUCCUCGAUGAAUCACAGACACAAAGAGAAAGAAACAAAAGAGUUAAGUUAAUUCUAACACAUAAAUUAAAGGCAAGUGAGUUUAACUUUAAACGUAAAAUAAAGAAAUUAAAAUACAGUUUAGCACAAUGGAGAUAACUAAGCAAGCCAUACCAAAAUAUCAUCAAUGAAUUUUAAUUUAGUGUUUAUGAUUAGUGCAAGUGCAGAUCAGAUCGUAAGGCUAAAGAAUUUUGUACAGUUAGCUAAAGUUAAAGCUAGGAUUUAGUUAAGAGCCAUAAUAUGGCCAAACACACACUCACACACAGACACACACACACACACACAGAACCACACGUAUAUGUACAUAGAGUAUGGCUUAAGGCGACACACGUAUAUGAGAUAUAUAUAUAUUCAUAUAACAUAUUUAGGCACCUACGUAUAUGUAGCACGAGUUUUUUAUAUGUAAACCAAACCAAACCAAACCAAAUUGAAACCUAUUCCGAUGGAAAAGAGAAAAACAACACAAAAACAAUUAACUGUAUAUACGAAAAGUACUUAUGAACGGAAGACAGGCAGCGUAGGCGUAGGUCACCUAUGCUAUGGAUCAGCUAUGGAACCCCCUAGAUAUACAUACAUAGUUAAGAUGAAACCUUUAACCCUUCUUAAGGACUACCUAACCAAUUCAGCAAUUCAGCAGGACGACUACAGAAGAGAACCCAAGGAAAAUUACUUUAUUAACGAUCUAGACAGACACAAACACUCACUGACACAAGCACAACACUUGAAACAAUUAUGAAAUAACAGACAGAGUCGAGACUCGACUAUUCGAUACCCUUUAGCCACAUCCCCCAACCAUCGUCUGUCUGCUCUACGAAAAACGCCCCAUGAGUCCUUACCCAUUUUGUACCAACGCGUUGGCUAAAGAGUAUCCCAAAUCUUAAAUAGGAAUCUGAGCGAAAGAAAGCAAUAUAAGGAUUACCAGUUAAUAAUUGAUUUACCAAUUACAUUUAUGAUUUACUGAGCCAAGUGAAACGGAUUUGAAGCAAACUGCAAUUGAUCUACCAGCCAUACAAAACAUUCCCCCAGAAAAUAGUUAUGACCCGAGACGCGGCAACAUAAAAGUGAAAUCGGUGAUAAAGAACAUAAGUAAUAUAUAUCUGCGCUUAUAUAUAAAAACACA